CGUGCGUUACCGCACGAAGGUCGUCUCUCGGUAGCGGUUUAUAAAAUCACCUGCAAUGAGUGAGGCCGACUGUAGAUCGAAUGGUGCAGUACCGCAAGAACCUUCGCCAGAUAAAGAUUCAAAGCGUACCAUUCAUCAUGAAGUCGAUUGCUGCACUUGUUGCUGUAAUGGGAGUUGUGGUCAUCGCCGAGGCAGGAUACAUCGCGCCUUACACCGAUCUUGCCCAUACCGUACACGAUACCGGUGCAUACUACGACGAUCACUAUGCACCGCUUGCAUACGCAGCACCAGCUUAUGCCGCACCAUAUGCCGCCUACUAUGGCAACCCGUCCGGUACGUACAGUUACUGGGGCUCCCAUGGACCGACGGUAGUGCAGGAAAAUGCCGCCAGUCUGCCAGCCCCAAUUCAUGGAGCUCAUCCCUACGCACCAUACGCAUCGCUUUACGGUACCUACGGACCGGUCAAGACAACCGUUGUGCAGGCCAACGUAGCCAGUAGCCUAGCGAACCAUUGGGGCUAUCCAGCAGCUUACGGUGCGUACGGUUACGGUUAUGGAUAUGGAUAUAACAAAUAUCUUGCCGAUGCGGCACCACUAACCAAAUAUCUGCUGUAAAUCAUCUGCUGAAAUAUGUAUUUCAAGCUAAUAAACCGUGACAUACACGAACCAAA